ACCCUCUGAAAACACGGGGAGGCUGCGGCCCAGCCAAUGACAGGGUGCAGCAUGCAGCAGAGGGGCGGAGAGCUGCCGGAGCACAAGCAAGAGAGCCAACCUACCUACAUGCUUAUUGUGUAAAUCUUUAAAAAGCAAUUAGCCGCAGCAUCAUCUAAACCUUCCCCACUGGCUGCCGUGAAACAUAUUUUUAGAAGGCAAGUGUUCUCAGGCGGCUCAGUAAAAGCAGGCAUCAUCAUCAUCCUCAGCCAUGACUGACAGGAAAGCUGUGAUCAAGAAUGCAGACAUGUCCGAGGACAUGCAGCAGGACGCCGUGGACUGUGCCACACAGGCCAUGGAGAAGUACAACAUAGAGAAGGACAUUGCAGCCUACAUCAAGAAGGAAUUUGACAAGAAGUACAACCCCACCUGGCACUGCAUCGUCGGGAGGAACUUCGGCAGCUACGUCACCCACGAGACGAAGCAUUUCAUUUACUUCUAUUUGGGCCAAGUGGCCAUCUUGCUUUUCAAGUCCGGCUGAGACGUUUCUGAUGGGUGUUGAGGAGUUUUUCUCCCUGAGCCUAAAUUGGAAAUGCACUGGUGGCUGAUGUCUCCCAUACACUAAUAACGACAUACCAUAACGAUGCAAAACCGGCCGUGCGCAAUUGCAUGGACUAUACACUAUUUAAUAUGUAUGUUACAGUAAGUUUACUUUUCAAUAGUUGCCAUUUGAAUGCAACUGAAGUAGUUUUUGUUGAUGCUGUUUAAAUUCUAGGUUGUAAAAGAUUUCAAUGUGGCCCUUGAUUGUAUAAUAAAAGGAAAGCUGUAGAAUGUAGUGGUGCAUCUGCUUUCCCUCACAAGUGGCAUUGCCAGUACUUGUAAUGAGCCGGUUUAGAUGGUACAAAAACAUACUGCGUGCACCAGUACAGCAAUUCAUCUUAAAGAUCAUGAAAAGAAGUUUAUUAAUGGAGCAAAUAUUUUAAUGCUCUACAGUUGUCUAACCAGUCACGUCUGGAUAUUCGCACGAUACAAACACUUCUAUUGUUUUCAAUCGGGAUUCAGAAAAGAUAGAAAUUUAAGCAGCCGUGUUCAGAAAAGAUGUCACAACAUCCGACGCGCUUGACGUUUUUGGAACCAACACAAACCAGUGAAAGCGUUUUCCUGGGAUGUUUAGUUUGUCAGCUCGUAGAUAUUCACUGUGAAGGACAAUGGCGCAAUCCAGGCUCGCAAAAACGGGCCACAGCCUGUCAUGUCUGUUGUAAUGCUACCGACUGGUUAUCGAAAUCUCCCAACUCACCCACCCGGCAUUUCCGUCUUAUAAUCCUGUGUUCCUGCAUGUUUGGAGGAUAAAAACCACAAUUUAUUUAACUGUUUCCGGACACAAACUAAAGCUCUUUGUUUAACUUUUGACUAUGUAGAUAACGGACCGAGCCGACGUGUGUCUUGUCUUGUUAUGAAGCAGCAUUAGCGAGGUGUUUUAGAUGAAACAUCCACCACGGCUACCUGUGUUUCAGAUGGUUGUGUCGUCUCAUGUGGCUUGUGAUACUUCCAAGAUUGCAUCACCCCACCCCCCUAAACCUUUAGUUUUGCAUUGCCAGUGUACUGCCAGACGUGCAGGAAAGACGGAGCGGUUGGACGUCUUAAAGCAACAGCAAGCGGGUUUAUCUGUUGUCUAUUACUGAUUUGGGUUUUUCAUUUAGUAAUGUCAGUAUAAUUAGUUUGAAAUGGCAAUGCACGAUGUUUGAAUUCUUAUUAAAUGUGUUCUUUUGGAGGACGGACUGGAGAGUUUUAGCCUACAGCUGGAUAACACCAGACUGAACUUUUAGCUUGGGUUGUUUUGUCGAGGGACGUCUUCCUAACUAUUGUCAAUGUAAACUGAUUUAGUAUUGUUUUCCUCUGGCAUGUAUUUUUGCUGUGUAUAUGUAGGAGCCGUUCCGAUGCUGUUAAAUUUGCACAAAACGUGUGCCUGUCAUUGCUCUCAACUGUAACUGGCUUGAGUACAAUUGCACUUCAUUAGAGAUAUCCAGUAGGUUGCUACAGAACCAAAAUCGUAUAAACUCGAUAAAAUAAAAAAAUAAUAAUUGUUGACUUAUUA